AUGAGCAGUCAACCACUCUAUGCGAUACUUUUCACGGGGUGGUUCAGCGGGUUCCUUACAGACGUUGACCCUGAAAAUGACCAUGAUAAUGGACUAACAGAACAAAGGCUUGAACAGUGGCGGCCACUAUGGCAAAACCCGUUUAUCGAUCCCGACCUUGGACUUUCGUCAAAAAGCGAUUACAAUCCAACACCUACACCAGGGGGUGAUGUGGGCGACGAAAAGCUAACUGAAAGACCUGCUAUGAGUCGUGGAACCACCAGCCUGAGUAAACAGAGCUCAGUAGUAAAGCCCGCCAAGGUGACUCAUGCUGGCCCUACUUGGGUUAACUUGUUCUACGACCUCGCAUGGACUGCAUCCUUCGCGAGCCUCACUCAAAACGGCAAAUUGGAUGGACCCUGGGAUAUGGCAUCUUAUGCUACCUUUUUUCUAUUAGUGUGGUGGCUAUGGGCGUCGCAGACUUUAUAUAGUAUCCACUUUUACACCAACGAUUGGGUCCAUCUAUUAUCUACUUUGGUUCAACUGAUCAUAUUUGGGCUCUUGGCUGCAACCACUCGUGGCUACAGUUUUAUUGCGUAUAUCUUAGAAUCUCCAGGAAUGGACACAUUGGACCCAAAGACAAUGGAAGAAAUGGUUGAUCCAGUCCGAUAUCAAGAGGACAGGAUAACGUACUAUUCUUUGAAAGUAAUUGCCUGUUCAGUGGCUACAAGUCGCACUAUACUAUGGCUUCAACAUAUACUAGUUUAUGGAUUUGCGUAUUUUGCUGCCAGGGAAAAGAAGUUAAUUAUCCCUUUGAAGCUUUACAUUCUCCCAAUUGGCCUUGUCAUUUCAAACAUUCUGUUUUGGGUCAGUGCAGGAAUCACAUGCUCUGAAAAAGGGAAAACCGUUCUAGGGGCAGAACUCAAAUUUAUCUUGUGGCUGGUUGGCCUCAUAGUCGAGGUUGCAUUGCACCAUAUUAUGGAGCGACUUGACUGGGAAAGAACCAGUUUUAGAAGUACAAAUGAGUCCUCUAUAUCUCACGAUGCGCCGCCACAACCCGUGUUACUCAAAACCCCAAUCGAACUGCAGCAGCCCUCGAUUACUCGACAGCAAUGGCCAGUACCUCAUACUAAUGUGAAUCUUCGUGAAAGGCUGGAAGGAAUUACCACUGUUGUGAUUGGCGAAGGCCUUAAUGGAAUCGCUGGGACUCUUUAUUCGGUUCUCUCAGCGCCUGGAUUCGGCGGGCCUGUGGCGGCUAAUAUAGCAUGCACGGCUAUUAUCAUUUAUUUCUUAGCCUACUUUUAUGCUGAAGGUCCCACUGGUCAUCGGAAUCCUAGUGGAAGUAGCGUCCGACAUAUGUGGUGGAUGAUGACACAUCUUCCCUUCCUCUUAGGAAUUAUUUUGUUGCUGUUAGGUGUGAAAAAUCAGUUCAUUAUGACCAGUUAUUUAUCCACGGCGCUCAAGACAUUCCGUCAGUUUGACAAAAUAAUGGGCGAUCAACAAAUAGCUCUAGACGAUCCCACUUCUCAGACAAAUAUGCCCAUGAAAAACUUCCUACUGAAACGCGGAGUUGUUUGGGCAGACGAAUUCAACCAGCUGAAUGAAACGGUAACAAACAAUGGUACAAUUUCUCCAUCCGAGGUCGACGUGGAGAAAUUUAGAGAUCAGGUUGGUAUCUGGAAUAUGCGCAUCUCACUUAAAAUUAUGACUGCGUUCUAUACGAAUUUCAUGGGAAAGGACAGCAACAUUAAGCCCAGUAUUGAAGCCAGAAUUAAAGAAUAUUACGUUAAUGAUACACUCCCAUUGAAGGACUGGAAUGAAGAACCCGAACUCCCUUCUUCCUACUACUACGAAUCGAUAAUAACAGAACUAUUGGAGACCCAUCUACAAGGUGCCCGAUAUAUCGUAGCACUUGCGGGAGCUAUUUUUAUUUCUCUGGGAAUCAUGAAUCGAAUUCACUCCAAGCCACGAGAUCGGUUUCAAUGGGGAAUUGUUAUGUCUCGCAUCUUUAUGGGAUUUGCUCUCCUCAUCCUUUUGACACUCAACGCUGGUAGCAUUCAGUCACUUUGGGUGUGGGAUUAUCAGGAAGGUCAACAGGCUGGUGUAUUCCGAUGGAUUUGGGCCUGGAUGGUUCUUCCCACAUUGGCAAUCGCUUUCGGGACGGAGUUUCUUAUUGAAUUGGUCCUGCUGCGAUGUUCUGGACUUGCAAUUGCCCGCAAACGAGGUCGUAUAAAUACAUCGCUUUGGCGCGCGUUUUUCAGUCGACCUUUAAGUUGGCCUAAUCGGGCUAAAUAA